CCAGUUUAGAAACGAAAUAGCCAUCAGCACACAAAUGGAAGAAGAAGAAGAAGGGUCUUAAGGCGAUUUGCGAUUCCCUUGUUCCGGCCUUAGACGAAUCGAUCAACAACAGAGCCUUAGCUAAGGGAACACAAAUCUUGAUGCACUUAAUGAUGGACCGUCGCUUGAAAUCUAGAUCACGUGAAUUCAAUGGCAUCCGAGAAGUGGAACACUCGUUUUGUGAUAUUCAAAAAACAAAAUUGGUAUAUAUUAUGCAAAAAGAAUAUGCAACUGUGAACCCCUCAUUAGUUGAUGCGGUUGGCACUGAUGGGCUUUCAACAUGCGUAGGACUUAUCAUUCGAAAUCCUAAAAAUAGAAAGAUAUCUGUUGCACAUAUAGAUAUUCCCAAUAUUGUUGAAGCUGGCCUAGGGCAAAUGUUGUCUUCCAUUUCUGAUCAGGACUCCAAUGCUAGUUAUGAUGUGCACUUAAUCGGUGGUUACAAAGACAUUUCGUAUGAGCAUAAAAGGUGGCGGCAAGGAGUUUCUCUUACCCUGUGUUCCAAAAUAAUUGAAGUCCUAUUCAAGAGCCCUGCAAAAUUCAACAUUCAAACUCUACAUGUUCUUGAUCACAAUACCCAAUAUGAUAGAGAGAAAAAUGCAUAUAGAAUCUUCGAAGGUUUCAUUGUGAAAACUGACACCGGAUCAAUACUUCCAGCACGCUUUCAUGAAACUACAAAAGGCCCAGCUAUAAUUCUUAGAGAAGCUCGUCGAAGUCUUUGUGUCAUUGAUUCCAAUUGGAAGAAUAGGUUGUUAUACACCUAUGAUACUGACUCUGACAGAUACAUCAUUGCUCCUAUCUCUUGGGAUGAAACCGCAAUAGAAGGACCUAAACAACUACUAGGUUUAUCUGAUGAAGACUUUGCUAAGGUGUAUUAUUAUUCUCCACCUCUCCAGAUUGAUCAUGACUACAUACGUUAUUUGAAAAGCAUUGUGGAAUAUAUUGUAAAAAACCCAAAUUCCGAAAUGGUUUUUCCGAAUAGAAAGCCUCGAGCAUUUAUGAGGAUCCCCAAUGGAGAAUGAAUGGCAAUUUCUAUGGUGGCACCUGAGGAUCAUAUUUCUAGAUUUCUUUCUCAAUUAAAGCACUUUUUCAGUUGUAUCGUGCGUCUUAUAUUCAAAAUGCUCUUGAUGUAUCCUCAUUGAGUGCAAUAUUCUCAAUAAUUUCCAAACAAUUUAACUAAUGUACAUAUGAUAACUCCUUAAAAUCAGUGUAUAUAUAAUAUGCAUACUAAUAAAGUAUUGUAAUUAAGUAUGUUUGCGGUGUGAAUGGGUAAUUUGACAUUGUU